AGGUGAGCUUGGAAUAUCCUCAUCCUUCGAAUUCACUUGCGCAGAGAGCGAGCGAGAGAGAGAGAGAGAGAGAGAGAGAGAGAGAACGGACGGAGAAGAGAUGACUCAGAUUGGGGUUUUUUCUGUAACCAGUCCCAUGGAAUCCGCUAAUUACCGAAAAGGUAAUCUUCUCUCUCCUCCCCACCUUUCAUAUUUUGCCCUUCAUUCUCAUUCCAACACUAUAAACCCUAGAAGAUCUACUCCUUCUGCGACCAUCAUCAGCCAAGCAAAACCCCAACCCAGUUUUGGAAGAGAAAGGUUGUUGAAAAGAAAACCCAGGUCGGGGAAUGUGCGCCUUGCGCAAGAUGAUGUUCCAACCAUUUUCAAAAUCAAUAAGGCGUUGGCGAUUAUUGCGAAGUCGGUUACAAGACAUUGAGCUAGAUUUGUACAC